AAACCGCCGUUCCCUUUUCCUGCUUUGGGGGGGUUAGUUUUACCUCCGCGAAGAGCGCUGAUCUCCGCCGUGGGCGAUGGCGGCGAACUUCUGGACAUCGUCACACUACAAGCAGCUCCUCGAUCCAGAGCAGGUCGACGUCGUCAAUCCCAUCGACAAGGAGAAGGGCCUCACCCCUGAAGAGUUCAAGCUCAUCAAGAUCCACAUGACCAACCAUAUUUGGAGGGUGGCUCAGCAAGUUAAAGUCAGGCAAAGGGUUAUUGCGACUGCAGUUACUUAUUUUAGACGCGUAUAUACUAGGAAGAGCAUGACGGAAUAUGAUCCUCGUUUAGUUGCUCCCACUUGCUUGUACUUGGCCUCUAAAGCUGAGGAAAGCACAGUGCAGGCUAGACUUCUUGUAUUCUACAUCAAGAAAAUGUGUCCAGACGAAAAAUAUCGCUUUGAAAUCAAGGACAUCCUAGAAAUGGAAAUGAAGCUCUUAGAAGCCCUUGACUAUUAUUUAGUAGUUUUUCAUCCUUAUCGCGCUUUGCUUCAAUUAUUGCAGGAUGCUAACAUGACAGAUUUGACUCAUAUUUCUUGGGGUCUUGUGAAUGACACCUACAAGACGGAUCUCAUUCUCAUCUAUCCUCCACAUAUGAUAGCAUUAGCCUGCAUAUACAUCGCGAGUGUGCUCAAAGAUAAAGAGACGACUGCCUGGUUCGAGGAGCUUCGUGUCGACAUGAAUGUUGUGAAGAAUAUAUCCAUGGAGAUACUCAACUUCUAUGAAUCCAGAAUUGAAGCUUUCAAAGGCAUCCCUGAAGCCUAUAAGAGCAUGACAGAAGAGAAAAUAAAUGCAGCUCUGAACAAAUUGGCGAUGAAGUAACGCUUGUAGGUUAUUUCUCCUGUAUAAAUAAUUUUGACAAUAGCUUGUCACGUCCUGGUGUAUGUUUGUGAUGCACUGAGCUUGCUGAUUUCUGAUACAUGAGCCAUAAAUCUGAGCAAUCUUAUAGUUUCGUCUCCUUGUUUUAUUGGGACCUGUCAUCAAAUUUGUGCUUGAGGCAGCUGAUAAGAGCAAGUAGAGCUAGUUAUGGUCCA